CGAGUAAAGUUCAGGAAAAUUUGCCUUGGCGGAAAGCUGCUAGGGUUUUUUCCAAUCCUCUGCCUCUGCGUGUCAACUUAUUUGAAAGAUGUCUCGUGUGUACGUGGGAAACCUUAGUCCACGGGUAACUGAACGUGAUCUUGAAGAUGAGUUUCGUACUUUUGGAGUGAUUAGAAGUGUAUGGGUUGCACGGAGGCCACCUGGUUAUGCUUUCAUUGACUUUGAUGACGCUAGGGAUGCAGAAGAUGCAAUCCGUGAAUUGGAUGGUAAGAAUGGCUGGAGAGUGGAGCUUUCACACAACUCAAGAGGAGGUGGUGGUGGUGGUGGUGGUGGUGGUGGACGCGGAGGGGGUCGUGGCCGUUCUGGGGGUUCAGAUUUGAAGUGCUAUGAGUGUGGGGAGCCUGGUCAUUUUGCUCGUGAAUGUCGUUUGCGUGGUGGUUCAGGAAGGCGUCGUAGUCGCAGCCCCCCUAGAUAUCGUAGAAGUCCUAGUUAUGGUCGAAGGAGCUACAGUCCCCGUGGGCGGUCGCCGCGACGUCGCAGUUUGUCACCUCGUGGGCGCAGCUAUAGCAGGUCACCACCCUAUCGUGGACGUGAGGAGGUGCCAUAUGCCAACGGUAAUGGUCUGAGGGAGCGAAGACGCAGCAGGAGUUGAGGAUUGCAAACAUAAUAGCUUGGCUUUUUAAGUGGAUACUUGGGUUGAGUGUAUUUAGUGUGCUUUUGGCUUCGCACAACUCUGUUUAAAUUGGGGAACGCCCUCAGCCUCUACUUCUGAUUUGGUUAAGUUCCUUCCUUUCUUAAUUUGAGCUGGUUUAUUUUUAUAUAUUCCAAGUAGUUUAGGUACAAGGAUCUGGAGGUAAUUAUCAUAACUUUGUUUGAGAGAUUGUUUUGGAGAACUCCGCUAAAAGUCUAUGCUUUUUCUUUUUCUG